CACCAAUCAGAGCAGCUGAGCCUCAGUCUCAGUCAGACCUCCCUCUCCACCAAUCAGAGCAGCUGAGCCUCAGUCUCAGUCUGGCAGUCACACAGCUGAACCAAUGGAUCCUGAACGUCAGCAGGUCGAGGCUUUCCCGCUGAAGGAGCAUGACGGCCCCCCCGGAGGACCCGCCCUGGUUCAGUACACCACCAUCAACAUCAGCAGCGAGCCCCCCAGGGACCACAUCAUCUGGUCCCUCCUCAGUUUCCUCUUCGCGCCGCCCUGCUGCCUCGGACUGGCCGCCGUCAUCUACUCCAUCAAGGCCAGAGACCGCAAGGUGGUCGGAGACAUGGACGGCGCCCGGCGCUACGGCUCCACCGCCCGCGGCAUCAACGUCGCCGCCACCGUCCUGUUCUGCAUCCUGCUCAUUUCCGUGGUCGUUCUGUGCUUCCUGCAGCCGUACACCGCUGGAGUCAUCCUCGGAGCCUUUUCACGCAAACUGAUCUGAUUGGACGUGACGUGGUUCUGCUGUUUCUCACAGUCUGAACCUUCAGACGUUUGUACUCGUGUGGAAACAUUCAGACUUCCUGUCGUCAAUAAAGACUCUGUCUAAACAUC